CUGCUGGUGGCUGGCUGGCGGCCGGCAACUGAGCUCGUCGGCAGUUCGUUCUCAGCUCUCGUAAAGUGUGGUUGCGGACUCUGCUGCUCCUGGAGGGUUACGUCGCGUUAUUGAGGUUGUAAAGGUUUCUCGUGAAAACCUAUACCAUCCAUCCCAAGCAUCGCCACCUCAGAGAAACUCAUACCUGACCGCGUUACUACCUGAGUGUUAUUGAAAGUGUGGUCAAAGUUGAAGGAACCAACCAAGAUGCCGUCAGGCAAGUCACUCAACGUGGUCCAGAGAGAAGGUUUCUUUGACGAUGCGUUUUUCAAGGAGGCCUGGGAGGACUUCGACCGUGCUGUCCAGUCUGUUUUGGACAAGUUUGACAACACAGGACUCAAGGUAGACCAAGGCUCCAGGACAGAAUGCCGUGAUGUGUACAGCAAGAUCCGUACCAGCAAUAUCGACCAAGACCUCUAUGCCUCUCAAGCCCUCCAGAUCACAGAGAAGGAUGGAAAGUUCCAGGCAGUGAUGGAUGUGAAGGACUUCAAUCCUCGGGAGCUGCAGGUCCGAGCUGUAGACGAACGGAUUGUGGUCGAGGGAUCCUACCAGAAGGUCUCUGAGGACGGAAGCUCAUUGUCACACAAGUCAUUCUAUAAGGAGUUCGCACUGCCUCCAGCUGCCGACAUUGACCAAGUGUCCACAGCGCUCUCUAAGGAUGGUGUUCUUACUAUCAAGGCACCAAAGAAGGAUGGUGCUGCAAUUACCGAAGGUCCCAAGACAAGCAGCAGCAGCAGCUCAACUUCCAAUGUCCAGCAGUCUUCUUUUAAUGAUGGUAAUUCCACGUCCUCCUUUAAAAGUUCCUCCUCCAAGUCUGUUAUGCAAUCAUCAUCCAGCUUUGAAAGUUCCACCACUGACGGACUUGAAGGCUUGCCAAAGGAGAUGCGGGAGAAAUUAAUGUUCUGUGACUCAGGAUUUGGAUCAACCAAGACCAGCACCUGCUCCUCCCCAGCACCUAGUGAAGCAGGCUCAGAAUCUUCUCGUGUUUCCUCCACCAUGGAAUUUGAUUUAGCCAAGAAAGCUCCCAUGCGUUCCGAAGUGGCAUUUAAUGUGACGAGUCCAAACCAGCCAACACCACCUCCGAUAUUCCAGCAAACCCCUCAACCAGCGCACCAACAACCUCCUCAACCCCAACAGUAUCCCCAAACUCAGUUCCAGCAACCACCCCAGUCCAGAUUCCAGCAACCACCCCAGCCCCAAUUCCAACAGCCCCCUCAGCCCCAAUUCCAACAGCCACCUCAGCCUCAGUUCCAACAGCCACCCCAGCCCCCACAGCCUCCCCAUUUCCAACGACUUCCACAAUUCAUGCCUCAACUACUUCCCCAGAAAAUUUUCCAGCAGUUUCCUCAGUCUGCUGCACAACCAGAUCUUCAGCCGAUGACUAAGACAGCACCCCAGGUUCCUCUUGCUCCUUUACAACCAGUUGGAAAAGGGAAUCAGACUACUGUAAAUAUCUCGGAAGAAAAUGGUCGACGAGUCCUUACUUCUCAGACAUCCAGCGUGGUGCAGGAGAAAGAUGGCUUUAUGGAGCACCGAGAGACUGCUGCUGAAAUCGGUGACAAAGACAGCCAGGCUGCCCGUCGUGAAGCAACCACCAAGAUGACUCAUCAAGAGGAAGAUCCAGAGGGAAAAUUCAAGCGUUCUGAAGCAGCUGAUGCCGCUGAAGUGAGUGAAUCUUGCGUCCAGCAAAUGCCUGACGGCUCUGUUAUGUCUGUAAAGAAGAGCUCAACUUCCUCAUCGUCUGUCAAACAGUCUUUCUCUUCUUCAACUGGUGAUGCCGCCUGCCCCUUCUUCCAGCCACCAAACUUCCCGACAGGAUUUGGCGAUCUAAAGAACCUGAUGAACCGCGGUCAUUCCCUCAUGUCCCAAAUGUCUACUGAUUCCAUGGCAUCAACUUUGUCUGGAAGGUCUGGAUUCACUGAUAUGUCCAAUUUCUCUCAGUUCAGUGAUACUUCUUCACAAUAUUCUGGCAUGACAAAUCUAAGCAAUAUGUCCAAUUUUUCUGAUAUGUCCUCCAUGUCACAGAACCCGAAUGUCACAAACACAGGGAAUAUGCCUCAAGACUUUCAAUCCCCACGAGUUGCUAAAUCUUUCUCUUCAUCAUCUACUUCUUCUUUUAAUAAAUCUUCAUUUUCGUCUAGCUUUGGCGAUAGGAAUUUCUAAACCGAGUUGUUUAGUGUUUAUUGAUUUCACUUCAGCGAUUAUGGCAGCCUUUCAUCUUGGUUCAUGCUCUGGUGUUGUUGCUUAGCAUCCACGAAUUUCUUAUAUACAUUCAUUGCUUUUGGGUCAAAUUUAACAAUUUGGAAAUGCUGGUGCUAUCAUUGUGCCUUUUUGUUUCCUUCUGAAAUUCAUAAUUACAGCCAAACAUAUAUAAAUUUGGGUAUUAAUUUGGCAAUACAAUGUACUGUUCGUAUAUUCAGGUGUCAGAAAUGAAAUUUGAAACAUUAUUUUAUGUAGUUUAAAUACAGUACAAAAUUUUAAGGUUAUUCUGUAGUUAUCGUUUUCAUUAUGUCUUAGAUAUUGCAAGAAUAUUUGGAAGACAAGAAUCCAGUAUUAUUCUGUAAGUUUGUACUCAUUAUGUUAUAAGCUGAACUUUUAUUAAUUUUCAUGACAUCUGCUGUGAAAAACUACAUUAAGUUUAUUGUCAUUAGUAUUAAGAGUCAUUAAUAUAAGUAAUAUAUUAUUUCGUUUUAUACACCGAGUGAAUUUUGAAUAAAAUAUCCAUUUACUCACAA